AAUGUGGUAUUGGCAUAACACGCAGAUGUUAGUGGCUUGAUGGUCAGUUAAGACGAUACUAUACUUACCUUAUAUGAUAAGUCGAAGCAUGGGUCAAAGUGAGGAUACCCAGCCUCGCUUUGCAAGAUCUGUGGUGAAUAUGGAUGACCUUCUGAACAUGGAAGAUUAUUUGGUCUCUAAAUUGGAAGGCUACACCGAAAAAUUGUUCCAGAAAGCCAAAACCAUUAGAUGGGGAAUUGAACAGAUGAGGGAACAGCUCGAACAGAGAAAAAUGGAGCCGUCCUCCGAUUUAUUUAACAGGUACUCCUUCAUUCGUCACAUGCAGGCGGAUUGGUUGAUGUGGAAACGAUAUUUAGAUAAACCCGUGAUUCGUGAUGAGUUGAAUUAUAGAAAGGUGGAAAAUUUGAAGAUGCCUCAGGGACUUGACUUGUUUGACGCAUCUGAAGCUAUAAGAAGAAUGCAAGCCACUUACGGGAUGUUAUCCAAUGACAUAGCCAAGGGUUUCCUAGAUGGAGUUCAGUACAAUUCAACACUGGCACCCAUUGAUUGCCUUGCAAUGGGCCGACACUUAAUGAAUCAAUCGCGAUGGACAAUUUCCGAACAAUGGAUUCUGGCAGGGAUUAAAGCACAUGAUCGGAAAGGUCCUCAAACAGAAAUGAUGUUACUGAGGGGACCGACAAAAGCUGAACUCUUUAGAACACUGGGUAAAGUGCGGUUCGAAAUGAGAAAUACAGAAGGAGCCGUGAAAGCUUAUGAAGAUGCUCUCAAGCAAUCGCCCCAUGAUCAGGAAAUAUUCCAAGAGUAUCAACACUUAAAGAAAGUUCUUACAUUAUCGCUAAGUGAACCGAUCCGAGAGGAACCCAAUGAUGACAACGAAGAAAUGGAGCUGCCGCACUGCUGCAGUGGUCGUUGUGAAAGGCCCCAAAAACUCAAGAGACUAUAUUGUGUGUAUAAUUGUAUAACUGCUCCUUUUCUGCGACUGGCCCCCAUCAAAACGGAGAUUCUCUCGGUUGACCCCUUCGUGAUUCUUCUACACGACAUGGUCUCCCCCACGGAGGGUGCUCUUAUAAGAUCUUCCAGUAAAAAUCAGAUUCUUCCUUCCGAAACAGUCAACGCCGCAAACGAGUUUGAAGUCGCCAAGUUCCGCACUUCAAAGUCAGUUUGGUUUGACAGUGAUGCCAAUGAGGCGACUUUAAAGCUUACUCAACGUUUGGGUGAAGCAACUGGCUUAGAUAUGAAACAUUCCGAGCCUUUUCAGGUCAUCAACUAUGGAAUUGGAGGCGUCUUUGAAAGCCAUUUUGACACGUCCCUCGCGGACGAGGAUCGAUUCGUUAACGGAUAUAUUGACCGACUCGCUACAACACUUUUUUAUCUAAAUGAUGUGCCACAAGGCGGGGCCACCCAUUUUCCUGGUCUAAAUAUCACUGUCUUUCCAAAGUUUGGAACUGUUCUCAUGUGGUACAAUCUGCACACGGAGGGUUUGCUGCAUGUCCGAACCAUGCACACCGGCUGCCCAGUUAUUGUGGGCUCCAAAUGGGUUGUCAGCAAGUGGAUAGACGACAAAGGUCAAGAGUUCAGAAGGCCCUGCCUUAGAUCGCACUUAGAUUCAAAAUAUUUGUCAUCAAUAGAGAAGAUUAUUGUCUAG